GCCAGGGUGGCCGCCGUGGCGCUCCGGGGGUCGAGCCCGGUGAGCGCCGGGGAGGACGGAGCCUGCCUGGAGUGGGGCGGCGGCGGCGGCGUGCGGCGGGCGAGGCGCGGGCACCGCGGGGCCCUGCGCGCCCUAGCCCUGCGCCCCGCCGGGGGGAGCCUCGCCACCGGGGGCGCCGACGGCGGAGCGCGGCUCUGGAGGCCCCGGCGGGACGCCCCGAGCCCGGUGGCCGUGGCGCUGGGAGCCCCGGGGCGGCCGCGGGCCGUGCGGCUGGCGGGGCCCCACAGGGUGCUGGCGCUGGGCGAGGCAGGGGGGCUGGAGGCGUACGAGGAGGCGGCGGGGCACUGGGUGCCUCUGCUCGGCCCUGCUGCCGCCUGCGGGCCCCGCGGGGUGCUGGCUGUCACCCCCCUGCCCGGUGGUACAGACAUGCUCUGCGCCCUGGGUGGUGGCCACGGGCAUCUCCUUGUCUUUGCCCUUGGCCAGCCCGAGCACGUUGCCAGGCUGAGGCUGUUCGAGGGGGCUGUGAUGGGGCUCAGCUGGGCCCCCUGCCCCGGGCUGCCCCCCCCCACCGCUCUGCUGGCCUCCGGUCCCCAGGGGGAGAUGCUGUGGCUGGAUGUCACCUGCUGCCCCGGGCGGGCACCCUCCGUGCGGCUGAUGGGGCGCUACUGGCUGCCCCCCUGCAAGCAGCGCUGGCACACUUGUGCUGCUUUCCUGCCCCAGGGAGGGCUGCUGGUGUGCGGGGACCGCCGGGGCUCCCUCCUCCUCUUCCCCUGCAGCAGCUCCCCGGGGACGGACACAGAGAACACCGGCACUGCCGACAGAGGUACCCCGGUUGGUGAGGACUCGGAGAGCGAGUCAGAGCCCUCUUGUUUGUCUCACGAUGGGGGGCUUCCCCUUGAGGAACCUCUGUCCGUGCUCUUUGGGCUGCACGGGAAGGCAGGGGUCACCUCGGUGACCUGCCACAAGGACUACAUCUACAGCACGGGCCGGGACGGCUGCUACCGCCAGCUGCGCCUGCAGGGCCAGCGGCUGGAGGUCUUGUGGAAGCACAGGCCCUGCAAAGGGCUGCAGUGGAUCGAGGAGCUGCGCUUCACCCCCGGCGGGGACCUGCUCGUGCUGGGAUUUCACGCUGACAACUUUGUGGUGUGGAGCACCAGGACUGGGGAGAACCUCCACUGCAUCCCCUGCGGAGGAGGACACCGCUCCUGGAGCUAUUGCAGCAGUCCCUCGGCCGAAACCUUCGCCUACAUCAAGAGCGGGGACGUGAUGCUCUACAGCAGCGAGGCUGAGCCCUGCGAGCAGCAGGUGCUGCUGGAGUCCCUGCAUGGACGGGAGAUCGUCUGCGUGCGGCGCCUGGGGGCGGUGCAGGUGCCCGGCCACCGCCCCGUUAACGUCUUCAUCACCGGCAGCGAGGACACCACGGCCUGCGUGCUCACGCUCAGCGAGCAAUCCCGCGCAGCCGUGCCCCUCGCCAGGCUCAGCGACCACAUCUCCAGCGUGAGGGCGCUGGCGCUGGCCAGCCCUGCGCAGCCCGACGCGGCGGAGCUCUCCACCCUGUUGUUCUCGGCGGGCGGCCGGGCGCAGAUCGAGUGCUACCGGCUGCUGUGCGCCGCGGACCCGGCCUCCGAGAGCAAGGUGUCCUGCCAGGUCGUCCACGUGGCCUCCCACCGGCUGGACAAGCACUGGGACCGGAUGAAAAACAGGCACAAGCUCGUCAAGAUGGACCCAGAGACAAGGUACAUGUCCCUCUCGGUUGUGCCUGGGACCGCCCCCGAGCAGCUGCCAGCACCCUGCAAGUUCCUGGCCGCCGCGUGCAGCGAUGGAUCCGUCCGGCUGUUGGUGCUGCUGGAGGCCUCCCAGAAGCUGGUGCUCGUGGCGGAGUCGUUUCACCACCAGCGCUGCGUGCUGAAGGUGGAGGCGUUCCUGUGCGUGCGGGCAGGAGGGGAGAGGAGACACCUCCUGUGCAGCGCCGCCACCGACGGCAGCGUCGCCUUCUGGGACAUCACCGCCUCCGUCAGGGAUGCCACGGAUGCCCUGCAGCACGCCGAGGGAGAGAUGCAGCCCCUGGCCCUGGGCACCCCGCUGCUCACCGUCACGGCUCACAGCUGCGGCGUGAACAGCCUCCACAUCCGAGAGCUGCCAGAGGGACACUUCCUGGUGGCCAGCGGCAGCGAUGACGGCUCCAUCCACGUCUGCCUGCUGGAGGUGGCGCUGAGCGAUGAGGCUGCGCCGGAGCCCUGCCUGCGCGUCCUGGAGCGAGUCUCGAGGCCCUGCGCCCACGCUGCCCACGUAACGGGGAUCAGGGUGCUGCGGCCGGACCUGCUGCUCUCCGCCUCUGUGGACCAGCGCCUGACCCUGUGGCGCCUGGGCUGGGGCAGCCUGGAGGCGCUGAGCACCACCUUCUUCCACGUGCCCGACCUGGCCGAGCUGGACUGCUGGGAGGUGGCGGAGGCAGGUGGGGAGCGGCGCUGGUACUGCGUGCUCUGCGGGCAGGGCCUGGAGCUCCUGCGCUGCGCCGCUCCGGGCACCCCAUCGCAAGACGAUGCCCAGUGAGAGGGGAGGCAUACAGCAAAUCCUGCUCCCGGGCGGUUGACACGACUGUUCUGUCACCUCGGCCCCUGCCCUAGCCUGGAGCUGGGGGGCUCAGUCCCUCGGGGACAGCACAGCCUCGCCAGGGCGCAGCUGUGGCCUGUCCCUGAUGGCUCCCAGGCAAUAAAGGAAGAGCAAAGCCAC